GUGCAUUGUAAAAAAAAAAUAAAAAAAAAAAUAAAAAAAAAAUGGCAUGUCAUUCUGCAUUCGGUCAGCCGCUAACGGGUGAGGACAUAAAGAAAGCGGAGGACUUGGAGAGGGAGUAGCAUGCCUCUGCCUGUCUCCCAUAUCUGCCAUGUAUUAUUCCAUGUCUCUCUCUCUCUCCCCCCACCCGUGAGAAACACACCUACAUCGUGGAUCAGCGUAUACGAUUGGGAAAAGACCCUGGCGAUCUCGUCUCGACCUUUCAAGGUAUCGCAUAUGUCAUUCUAUUGGGCACAUCUGCUGUAUCGAGGGCGGAGCGCAGGCCGGACGGAAAGACCUCUACUAGCACAGCAUAAUAUAUUGACGUCAUAUGACUGCUGUCAUAAGAUUUCGGCGAAAGUAAUAAAGCACGUGCAGGGAACCAGGAUAUGUACGGAUUACCGCCUUCGAUUCGGUGACUGCGACCUCAUAAUUUCAUAAGUACCUAUGUACCUACAUAUAAGAACAUCGAAGUGAACAACGC